UUUUAUUAAGUUUUAUCGUUUAUCAUAUUCUUUUAUGUAAACAUAAAUUCAGAACAGUAACUGAUCAUGAGCGCUUUGUCAUUCAUAAAGUCAACCAAGGGCAAAGUGAUACUAGCGACUGUCGUUGCUCUGCACAUUACAAUUUACGUGGCGAAACCUUCGUUUUUCAAGAGCGAAACCGAGAAAAAAACAAUUGCCGAACCGCCCAAGUACUUGCCGGGACAGUGAGUGGCCUUGAGGCUCUUUAACACAAAGCCUAAACGCGGAAAUUAAUCCGUAACCAAUCGUAAAUGUUUUGUAACAGAUUGUCUGUCGUGAGUAGUUUAGUUCGGCACAGCGUUGUGAUAACUCCGAGAAACAUGAGCACAGGCAGGCCCCUCGUGUAUGUGACGCGGUCGGAUAUGCCGCAAGGCGGCUUGGAUCUGCUGAGAAAAGAAUGUGAUGUAAGGAUUUGGGAGAAGCCUUCACAAGUCCCCCGCAAUGAGCUCUUAAAAGGCGUUGUUGGUGCCAGUGGCAUCUUCUGUGCCCUCACCGAGAAGAUUGACAAGGAGCUAUUAGAUGCAGCCGGGCCUCAGCUGAAGGUGGUGGGCACUAUAUCAGUGGGGCAUGACCACAUAGACCUGGCUGAAUGCAGGAAAAGGAGCAUCAGGAUUGGGUAUACUCCGGAUGUGCUCACUGAUGCCACAGCGGAAUUAACUCUUGCACUACUGUUGGCCACGUCACGUCGCAUCCCCGAAGCCAUCCACGAGGCCCGCACUGGCGGCUGGGCGGCCUCGGGCGCGUGGGCGCCCGUGUGGCUCACGGGCCCCGGCCUCGCCAACGCCACGGUCGGCAUCGUGGGCUUCGGCCGCAUCGGCCAGGCCGUCGCCCGCCGCGUCAAGGCCUUCGGCACCGCGCAGAUACUCUACACCAGCCGCACUGAUAACCCUCAAGCGAAAGAAACCGGCGCUAUAAGAGCAGAUUUUGACGACAUUUUAAAGAAAAGCGACUUUAUUAUUUGCUGUACUGCUUUAGUCCCCGAAACUAAGGAAAUGUUUAACAAGGCUGCUUUUGAGAAAAUGAAGCAGACUGCUGUUUUUGUAAACACAAGCAGAGGUGGCACUGUAGACCAGAAUGCAUUGAUUGAAGCAUUGCAAAACAACACUAUCUGGGGAGCAGGGCUAGAUGUGACGACACCAGAACCCCUCCCAUUAGACAGUCUGUUGUUCAAGCUGAAGAACUGUGUGGUGUUACCGCACAUUGGCAGUGCUACUGUUGAGACGAGGAAUGUAAUGAGUGAGUUGACUGCAAGGAAUAUUCUAGCAGCUUUAGCUGGCGGUGAGAUGCCCGCUGAAAUAAAGUAAUACUUGUAAAGUAUUGAUUAUAGUGCAAUUUUACUGCUUGUUGCAAGCCCAACUGCUUUUUAUUUAAUUUAUCACACAACAUGCUUUUCAGUCUUUGCAUAAGCUACAUAUGCUCCCAUAUAAAUAUGUACAGAAUACAAUAAAAAAUGUUAAUUUA